AUGCCAAAAGAUGUGUCUUUGGAUUUUUUACCAUCAAGUUUCCCGAGUUGUGAAUGGUCGCCUGACGGAAAGUUAGCCUUCUGUAAUGGCGGACGCGUGCAGAUUCUGACUCCUUCUCAUGAAAUUAAUACCCCCAGUUACAUCAAGUCACUGGCCAUUUUGGAGAAUUACGAUGAGAAUGAACGAAUGUAUUCGCCAACGGAUUUGCGCAUAGGUGAUUUGAUUUCGAACCAUACUGCUCGAAAGGUUGCUUGGUCUCCUACUGGAUUAUCUGAAAAUUAUGGAUGCUUGCUGACGGUUUUAACAAAUCGAUAUCAGGUUUAUCUAUAUUCAUCCAAUAGUAAAGUUCUGCAUAUGAAUUGGAAGUGUGUAUGUUGCUUAAACAAUUAUUUAUCAAGAGAAUCCCUUGCUUCUUUGCGCAUCCAUACCUUUGCUUGGUCGCCUCUCCUUUCUCUCCCAAAGCUUUCUCCCUGGGGUAUUUGUUUACUAGGUUUAGGGGCAGAAGAUGGAAAUUUACAUGUGAUUUCUUUAUCUAGGAACUCGGAUAUGCUUACUAAGUCCAUCAAGCUUGAAUGUGGAUGGUUGGUACGGCUUUCCUUUUCGUCAUGGACAAUUUAUAAUCACGCAGCAGUCUGCAAUCUUGUUUGUAUAUCUCAGAAUGGCGAAAUUUAUGUUGUUCGUGUUUCUGUAAAUCUCUUAACUGGAAGUUUCGAAAUGCGUCAUCAACGUUUUCCAUUUCAAGUCGGUCACCGGCCGAUAGCACCAGCUAUAGCCUGGUCUCCUGUGCUUAACGACGAAGAAUUCCUUGCACUUGCUUAUCCAAGAAGUCUUUACAUUUCUUGUUAUAGCAGGUCAAAUGAGAAGUUUCUUUCAAUCACAUCACACGAUCUGACUUCACUUGCUUCACCGGUAGGUGUUUUCUUUGCUAGCAACGACAUAAGCCAAUUUUCAGUGUAUAUUUUGACUCCCUUAGCCGAACUACAAAUUGUACCUGUUAAAAUGGAUCCAAGCAAUACUUUCGAACUUCCUGAAAAACAACUUCUCGACAGAUUUUUAACGCAUCGUUUACAAAAUUACGGUUCCACUUCGGAGCCAUCAAAAAGCUUACGUAUACAUGCUUUUUGUCCUUCGCCUUUUUCUUCCACAGCUAUCAUACAUUUCAGCGUUUCGUAUCCUCAAAGUUUUAUUUAUACUGCCUCGGCAAUGGAACGGAGCUUUUGUGCUACUUUUCCAAGCAUUGCCUUAAAAGCUACGUUUUCUCGUUUAAUCAAUUCUUUUCUUACUAACUGCUGUUCCAUACCUGCAGAAGGCUGCUUCUGUGAAUUUGCUUUAUUAGAAAACAGCAGUAAAGCAGAUUUUGACGUAAAUAACAUGCUUUCGGAAAGCUUAUCCCAACUUUUAAUUUCAGACUUUGAUUUUUGCUUGAGAUUAAAAGACACGGCACCUUUUUCUACUUUAACCAGCGUAUUCUUUGAUGCGUCUUUAAAUGCUUUAAGGCUUCUCUAUGGAUGGAGUGUCUAUAGUCAGAAAAGUCUGAAUCUCUCUAUUUUUUCUUCUUUGCGUAACAGACUAGUCCUUUCUCUUAUGGUUUUCGCUUUAAACAAAGUAUCCUCGAACAAUAAUUAUCUGACUGCUACUUGUAAAGCAAUUUUAAAGAAUUGUGUUUCUUUCAUUUACAAAGAAUUAUCUGAAGUCCCAGCCGUGCUCGAAAUUGCUGAUCAAAUCGCCAAGUAUAUUGAUGUUCCUUCCGCAUUCCAAGAACUAUGUCCUGCUUGCAAAGAUCAUAUAGAGUUUACGAAUGAAGCAAUAGCAACUUGUAGUAAAGGUCAUGUAUGGCAACGUUGUUCAAUAACUAUGCUUUUACUAUAUCAACGAACUGCCAGAUACUGUGGAAUUUGUAAAUCUGUUACUGUUGAUUGGGCGUCGUUGAACGUCGAAAGCACAUGUUUUACGAAAGAAAUUCAGGAAGAGCUGAGUAUUUGUUAUUUUUGCGGUGGUCAUUACCUAUCAUGA